AUGACAGCUAGAUGCCCACAGAGCCUGGAGAACCUCUGGCUGGCACUAGCAGGUGAGCAAGCUGAGGAGCACUCAGAGCACCUCUGCCAAUAUAAAGCUGCAGGUGUGCAGUCCAAUGGCUGGUCCAUCCAUGUCCCGUCUGAUGUUACCGGGGAGCUCGGGAAGAUGGUUGUUCUGCCCUGUACCUUCACACACCCUUACAAAACCUUUGACCGGACCCUCACUGCCAUUUGGAGGAUCAAGGAACCUUACAACGGCACCGUAGUGUUCAAGUGCACCAGCCAGAGUGCCAGCGAGCUCUGUAAGACUGCUGUCAGCUACAAAAACAAGUACAAACUGUUUGGCAACCCCCGGCACAAGGACCUCUCCAUCAGGAUUGACAAUCUGACCUGGAGUGACAGCGAGAGGUACUUCUGCCGAGUGGAGCUCUCCGGAGACAUCCACGACAAGUAUGAAAGCAGGAAUGGGAUAAAGCUGCAUUUGAUUGCUGCCCCCAGGAUCAUUAACAUCACCGUCAGCUCCAACGGGGAUCACACCUUCCAAGCCCGCUGCACGGCCGAGGGGGAGCCAGCACCCACCCUGACGUGGAGCAGCCCCCACCACAGCAACCUCACCUCGGUCACGAGCACGAGCCACCGCGUCACCAAGGAGCUCCAGUACCUGACGCACGACGGCAAGUACACGUGCACGGCAGUCAACAGCCACGGGAGAGCAGAGGGGGCAGUCUACUUCUAUAAGUUCAGAGCGUCCAACAGCUCCUUCUUCAUGAUCCUCAUUUUCGUACCGCUGGGAAUUAAGGUGCUCGUUUUGCUGGUGAUACUGAGCCUCACCGUGUUCUCCAGAGGUCCUUCCUCCACCCCAACCAGCCUGGCCCGGCCACAGCAGCAAGACUCCACCUACGAAAAUUUCGACCGCAGACACAGCAGCAACCAGAGCUUGCCAACAGAAAGACCCACGGCACGAUGCAGCUGAGCACCUGGGCUGUCCCACACACACCUCCUCGCACGGCCUUGCAGGUGCGUGUUUUCCAUCUCUGCUGUGACUUACAAACAACAGAAGCCUUCAAAGGGAAGACAGAUAAAAGAAAAGAGGAGUGGAGCUGAAAGAACAGAGAUUUCCAUGAGAUGCCAGUUCUAACCAACCUGCAUGUUUCUAGCCUGCAUCA